AUGACAUUCGAACAGGCGAUUGAAAGAGAUGAUGUGGCUGCUUUAUGUUAUAAUGUAUUGGAGUACUGUUCCGUUAAGUUAGGAUCUAGAUUAAACAAACUUAAGAGAGAUAUAAGUAAUAAUAAAGAUAAACCAUAUAUCAAUUCUUUCCUAGAAUUUGCUAAGGUUGAUAAUUUAGAUGAGAUGGAUGAAUACGACAUAUCCACAAUUUGUUGCGAGUAUUAUAAAAAAAACAAAAAUUAUUCUACAAUUCCGGAAAAAAUCCUAGGACACAUCAAAAAGGUGGGAUCUUAUACUGGAUCUGUGAUAGAUUUUGUAAAUUGCGCACGUAAAGAAAAGUACAAAAACUCAUUCGAUUGUAUAGAUUUGCAUUUAUUGGAUCCUAUUUUUGCCGAUCAACCCAUAUCUUCUUGGAAUGAUAUUAUCAAAAAGUUUAUUCGUAUUCCAAAGGACCUCGAAGAUUUCAAGAAGAAAUGUAUAAAGAAUAAUGAAACAAAGGAUAGACUAAACCGUAUAUAUGGUGGUACAGAUACACAAUUGGACCGUGAAAAAAAUAAUCAACUAUAUUUACACGCAGAGUUGAACAUAUUGGCCAACAUAAUGGACCAGGAUAAGGGAAAUGAUGAAUUUAUAGCUGUAUCCAAGAAGUGUUGUUAUUUAUGUGAAUCAUAUAUCGAAUUUGUCCGAUUCAAAGGAUAUAAAAUUUCCAUUUCUGGAACACAUAAGAAGUUGUAUCACAGAUGGAAGCUUCCAGAGGCUUUUAAGAAAGAAUUCAUGGAACAUACACUAUUUAACCUCGAUCAGAUCAUAGAACGCGGAAUAAAACAAAAUAGUAGUAUCAUUGCUCAAUCGGAUAGUGAGGGAGAUAGUGCUGAUUCUGAUAUUAAAAAUUAUGUUGCUAUAAAGUCAAUGACUGAACGGGCUAAACUUAAACGAACCAAUCAAUGA